GGGGGAUGCAUGCGAUAGAGAAUUUACUGAUAAGAUCACUAGCGUCUUCAUUAGUGCCAAAAAUUCCAAAAGGCGCAUCCGGAAAAGCCCAUCGUCAUUCAUUCUCUCGUGUGUCUUCAUUUUCAUUUUUUGUUCCAAGAUACGAGUGUUGAGGAAGGAUUCUACGACUUCAACAGUCUUGUUUCAAUCUUUCAGGAUGAGCUGGAGGUUAUGUCGAUAAACAUAAAACCUAGGUUAUGGUCCCAGUUAUGGGAUCAAGCAAAUUCACUCGUUGCAACAAGGGCAUGCAAAGAAUCUAUACGGCCUUUCAUAUCCAAUUCGACUCUAUUAAAUUCUACUCGUCGCGCAUUUUCGCAAUCCAGAAUCAGGUCCUUCAGCAGCUCUUCUCCCAAAACUCAAGUUCGAAGGAGUUUCGCUUAUGGCGGGGUCUUCUUCCUCGAUUUGAGCUCAGGUACUUCCGCAACACCCUCGAUAGCAUCAUGUACAACCACAGUGGAGAAGACGUUAUAUACAGCAUCAUCAUCGUCAAGAAGGCCUUUGACGACAUAUUUUCAACAAGAAUGGCGACGUGAGAUCCAUUCAAGUAGCCGGCGAAGGGCAAGAGGUUAUGCGAGAAGAAAUAAAAGCUCUGCAUCAAAUUUACAAAAUGCUCGGAAGACACCCCAAGAGAUCCACAACCCCUCACAGACUACCCCGCCAGUAAAGGAACCGGUCACGGAUUCUAGCAUUUCACACUCUGCCUCGAGCAAGUACCAUCUUCCUCACAUGCCAAAGAUGCCCCAUCGACCGACAAGAGAGGAACUACUUGCUGCAGCGACGGGAUUCUGGUCUCGACUUAAGGUCCGGUUCAAGUGGUUUACAAUUAGAGGCGGACGGCCUUGGAAUGUAGAUGAUUGGAGUGCUUUUGUUUCGUGGUUCGUCUUGGGAAAUAUUGCGUGGAUUUUUGUCGGAACUACAACUUUCUUUUCUCUUGUUAUUCUAUCUAUCAACACUGUCGUUGCUCAAGAAACAUUAGCAAGAUGGGUAGGUGACUACCUCACACAUUCGGCGGGGAUCAAGGUCGUUUUCGAAUCUGCCAUCGUGCCGCGAUGGAAAGAUGGAGUAAUUACAUUCCGGAAUGUGUUUGUCUCAAGGAGACCAGGGCAAGGGAAGACGAACUUUAGCAAGGGUUCAUCUUUGAGUGCUGCGGCUGCAGCUGCCUCUCAACGGCAGGUGGAUACAGAGGGCAAAAAGGAGGAAGAGGAAGAUACAAACUACACCCAAUUUGACGUCACUCUUGAUACAGUCAAUGUCACUUUAUCGUUUGUGAAAUGGUGGAAUGGCAAAGGACUUCUUCGGGACGUAGAAAUCAAAGGUGUCCGAGGGGUAAUAGAUAGAACUUCGGUUCAUUGGGGCGACGAAUACAUCGACCCCAAAUCGUUCCGACAUGAGCAUAACCCCGGCGAUUUCGAAAUAGAUUCUUUCAAGCUGGAGGAUCUCUUAGUCACCGUGCAUCAACCCAAUGGCUUCCGACCCUUCUCUGUCAGUAUUUUCUCGUGCGAUUUGCCCCAAUUACGAAAACAAUGGCUAUUCUAUGAUUUCCUUUCGGCGAGCAAUAUGUCUGGUGCCUUUGACGGAUCUCUUUUCACAAUUCAUCCUCGACAGAUCCACGGGUUUACUGGCUCUCACGCUCUUGACUCUUCUGGAAAUGGCGGGUCAAACCCCUGGAAAAAGCAAAGUCGUCUUCGCAUAGAUGGUCUCAAAAUUGACCAUUUAAAUCGAGGAGUGGAAGGGCCGUUUGGCUGGAUCCAUGAAGGAAAUGUCGACAUUGUUUCUGACGUUAUGCUUCCAACUGAAGAGGACGACAGCAUCGCCAAGGUGAUGUCCGACUUUUACGACCGCAUGGAAGAAGCUGUAACUUCUAAUCGUUAUUUCCACAUCCUCGAAAACAACCCGCGGACAGAAGAACUAGACACCCCGGCUGAGCGUGAUGCUUUGGCGGAGAACCUCUCUCACGACGACAAUAAACGCUACAUUGUCAUGGAUCUUCGCAUCCAUCUCAAUGACGUGAAAGCAGCCGUACCACUCUUCACUCGCGACUUGUCUUACGUCAAUCAGGCCCUGAUUCGACCCAUCGUUGCCUAUAUCAAUGCGAAGAAAACGUUUAUCCCCAUCAAUUGUCGAAUCGUGAAACGAGCUAGUGAUUUUGAUGGUAGCUGGACCAUCUUCGAUAGUGGAUUGAUGGACGAUAUGUCCGCCGAGACUUAUGAAGCAUUUGCGAAAGAUGUGGUAGAUAGUCAGGCACGCCUGCGUCGGUUGAAAAAGGUGGGAUUCUGGUCAAUCUCUAUGGCAAUCCAGGCAAUAUUUAUGGGCAUGGCUGGAAAUGUUGCUUGAGAUGUCAAUUGAUUAAACUUAUGAAUGGGCUGGUUCAAGGCCUGCAUGCAAGGUCAUGAGACUCUCCUUUUACCGUGUGGUAUAAUGAUCUUUUUGUAUAAAAGGGUGUGGCAAUGGAUGGGUAGUGCAUAGCUUGGUUUUGCUUUCUUGGUUGAAUUGGCAUGGCGUUUAGAUAUCCCCCUCAAAAAACGGAUCAGCGGGUGGAAGAACAGGAGUUUGGGAUUCGAUGCGUGUUCAUACACGUCUAUACGCGCAUCUCUAUAGAAUAAUGAGAUGAAGAUGAAAUUAGAUAAAUUUACUGAAAUCAGUCAUUGCUCUCCCGUCUUAAUUCGCGUGAUGACA